CACAGCGCCGGGCGACGUGGCCGGCCGGAAGUGGCCCGUGCGGAACCUCCGGAGGACCACCGUAGUCAGUCGGUCAGUCCCGUGCCAGGUGCUGGUUCGCGCCCCCGCCGGCACCACCAUGCUGAAGAAAUUUGACAAGAAGGACGAGGAAUCGGGUGGAGGCUCCAACCCGUUCCAGCACCUCGAGAAGAGCGCAGUGCUCCAGGAGGCCCGCGUGUUUAACGAAACUCCCAUCAAUCCUCGGAAAUGUGCCCACAUCCUCACCAAGAUCCUCUACCUCAUAAACCAGGGGGAGCACCUGGGGACCACAGAAGCAACCGAAGCCUUCUUUGCCAUGACCAAACUCUUUCAGUCCAAUGAUCCCACCCUCCGUCGGAUGUGCUACUUGACCAUCAAGGAGAUGUCCUGCAUCGCAGAGGAUGUCAUCAUUGUGACCAGCAGCUUGACGAAGGACAUGACUGGGAAGGAAGACAGCUACCGGGGCCCGGCCGUGCGCGCCCUCUGCCAGAUCACUGACAGCACCAUGCUACAGGCUAUCGAGCGCUACAUGAAGCAGGCCAUCGUGGACAAGGUGCCCAGCGUCUCCAGCUCUGCUCUGGUGUCUUCCCUGCACCUGCUCAAGUGCAGCUUCGACGUGGUCAAGCGCUGGGUGAAUGAGGCCCAGGAGGCGGCAUCCAGUGAUAACAUCAUGGUCCAGUACCACGCGCUGGGGCUCCUGUACCACGUGCGGAAGAACGACCGCUUGGCCGUCAGCAAGAUGAUCAGCAAGUUCACGCGGCACGGCCUCAAGUCCCCCUUUGCCUACUGCAUGAUGAUCCGCGUGGCCAGCCGGCAGCUGGAGGAGGAGGACGGCAGCCGCGACAGCCCGCUGUUCGACUUCAUCGAGAGCUGCUUGCGCAACAAGCACGAGAUGGUGGUGUACGAAGCCGCCUCGGCCAUCGUCAACCUGCCUGGCUGCAGUGCCAAGGAGCUGGCCCCGGCCGUGUCAGUGCUCCAGCUCUUCUGCAGCUCCCCCAAGGCUGCGCUCCGUUAUGCCGCUGUCCGCACCCUCAACAAGGUGGCCAUGAAGCAUCCAUCUGCGGUGACAGCUUGUAACCUGGACCUGGAGAACCUGGUUACAGACUCGAACCGCAGCAUCGCCACGCUGGCCAUCACCACUCUCCUCAAGACGGGCAGCGAGGGCAGCAUCGACCGCCUCAUGAAGCAGAUCUCCUCCUUCAUGUCAGAGAUCUCGGACGAGUUCAAGGUGGUGGUGGUCCAGGCCAUCAGCGCACUGUGUCAGAAGUACCCUCGCAAGCACGCCGUGCUCAUGAGCUUCCUGUUCUCCAUGCUGCGUGAGGAGGGCGGCUUUGAGUACAAGCGGGCCAUUGUGGACUGCAUCAUCAGCAUCAUCGAGGAGAACUCGGAGAGCAAGGAGACGGGGCUGUCGCACCUGUGCGAGUUCAUCGAGGACUGCGAGUUCACCGUGCUGGCCACGCGCAUCCUGCACCUCCUGGGCCAGGAGGGGCCCAAGACCAACAACCCCUCCAAGUACAUCCGCUUCAUCUACAACCGAGUGGUCCUGGAGCAUGAGGAGGUCCGGGCAGGCGCUGUCAGUGCUCUGGCCAAGUUCGGAGCGCAGAACGAAGAGAUGCUGCCCAGUAUCUUGGUGUUGCUGAAGAGGUGUGUGAUGGACGAUGACAAUGAAGUAAGGGACCGGGCCACCUUCUAUCUCAGUGUCCUGGAGCAGAAGCAGAAGGCCCUCAAUGCAGGCUAUAUCCUAAACGGUCUGACCGUGUCCAUCCCUGGUCUGGAGAGGGCUCUGCAGCAGUACACUCUAGAACCAUCGGAAAAGCCUUUUGACCUCAAGUCUGUGCCCCUGGCCACCACACCCAUGGCAGAGCAGAGAACAGAAAGCACCCCCAUCACAGCAGCCAAGCAGCCUGAGAAGGUGGCAGCCACCCGGCAGGAGAUCUUCCAAGAGCAGCUGGCAGCAGUGCCCGAGUUCCAGGGGCUGGGGCCCCUCUUCAAGUCCUCACCUGAGCCCGUGGCCCUCACUGAGUCGGAGACAGAGUACGUGAUCCGCUGCACCAAACACACCUUCCCUGAGCACAUGGUCUUCCAGUUUGACUGCACGAACACGCUCAACGACCAGACUCUGGAGAACGUCACAGUGCAGAUGGAGCCCACGGAGGCCUACGAGGUGCUGUGUUACGUGCCCGCCCGGAGCCUGCCCUACAAUCAGCCCGGCACCUGCUACACGCUGGUGGCCCUGCCCAAGGAAGACCCCACGGCGGUGGGCUGCACGUUCAGCUGCAUGAUGAAGUUCACUGUCAAGGACUGCGAUCCCACCACCGGGGAGACCGACGACGAAGGCUAUGAGGAUGAGUAUGUGCUGGAAGAUCUGGAAGUCACGAUAGCUGAUCACAUCCAAAAGGUCAUGAAGCUGAACUUUGAAGCAGCCUGGGAUGAGGUAGGGGAUGAGUUUGAGAAGGAGGAAACAUUCACCUUGUCCACCAUCAAGACACUUGAAGAGGCUGUGGGCAAUAUUGUGAAGUUCUUAGGAAUGCACCCUUGUGAGAGGUCAGACAAAGUGCCAGAUAACAAGAACACGCACACGCUGCUCCUGGCAGGCGUAUUCCGGGGGGGUCAUGACAUCCUGGUGCGCUCCCGGCUGCUGCUUUUGGACACAGUAACAAUGCAGGUGACAGCCAGAAGUUCGGAGGAGCUGCCAGUGGACAUCGUCUUGGCGUCUGUGGGCUAAGAGGCCAGCCUGCAUAGGACCAAGUCCUACCCUUUCCCCCCAACACUGUGCAGAAGUCAGGCCUUCCUUAUGAACCCAGUGGAAGGUCCUUUCCAAGCCAAUUGUAUUCAAAAACAAUUAGGAAUCAAUGAGGGUUUUUUUUUUUUUUAAUUUAACCCCUGCCCCAAAACUCUCUGCUGAGGGUAACUUUUGAAAGAGGGGGGUGGUUUUAGCUUGUCCUAGAGCUUGCCGCCUUGCCUGCCAGGGAGGGGACAUCUCAAAUGAAUAAAGUGCUUGCACCACCUCUUGAAUUGAUCCCCUAAGGAACCAUCUUAUCCCUAUAAAUAAAAUCAGCAUGUAUUUAUUGAAUGAC